GCAUAAUUGUUCAAAUCCUUUAUAAUUUGUCACAAAAUUCCAUUUAAUUGUCUUUUUAUUUCAUUUGUGCACCAUGUCUGGUGAUAUUACUGUUAGAAAAAGACGAGGCAAAAACAAAAAGAAAGAGACUGAUGUUGCAGAGCAAUUCAGUAAAGGAACUAAAUCUGAUGAUGUGGCAUUCUCUGUCAAGUCAUCCCUGGAAUUUCAUGAUACACCAGCUCCUGCACAACACAAAGACUUGUCGGAAAAACCAACUGGGAAUGGCAGCAAGAAAAAACAUCGGCAGAGUCCUAACAAGGAAACUGAAGUUCCCAGUUCAGGCUUUUGUGCUAAAAUGCUGACCAUCUUUCUUGUAACUCUGCUGGUUGUUCUAGCUGGCUUGAUAUUCAUGCAACUUCAUCCAGAAGAUUAUCCAAUUCUAGUCAAAGAUAGUCAAGAUUUUAAGGAAAAUGUACCUAAAGUAAUGGCUCCUGUUCACAAUGUACAUGACACCGCUCAAGAUGUUCACAUUAAGACCCUUGAAUCUCAAAUAUUACAUGAAGAACAGGCAAAGAAACUUUCUGCUGCUAAACUCCAUCCUCAGGAAGUGGUUGUGGAUUUACCAAAAGAUAAGCCAAGCGGUGUUGGAAUGACCCCUGUUCAAGAAGAACCUAUAGUUAAGAAGACUGCUCAUGUAUUAGGAGAGAAAGAUGAGUUUGUGGAAUCUAAUGCACUUGCUGGAGAGAGGAAGACUCAAGAAGACAAUAUUGCCAAACCAAACAAGACGGCAUCUUUUGUAGAUUUGCCUUCAAAUCCCAAGGAUAAUAUUCAUUCAGUACGUCCAUCAAGUGCGCCUUCUGAUGUUAAGAACGAAGAGCCAAAGCAUUCAGGUAUUGAAGAAGAAUCAAAAGCAGAGAAAAAGAGAAAAUCCAGGAAGGCUCCUCCAUCUGCAGAAGAGCUUCUGGCCCACCACAAUACGAUAGAGCGCUGCGAGAUGCUCAUGUCGGCAAUAGCUGAACUGAGUCCUGAACAUCCCAUGCUAACGGAGCUCAGGCCGCACAUUGACGGUGCUAGAGAAGAUCUCAAAAGCUUGAAACUUAAAGGCUUGGAGGGAACUACCAAGCAUGCCUUGAUUAUACUUGAGGAUUUGUAUGUUCGUCUGUUAGAUGCCAAGGAUAACGGUGAAGAGGUGAAUGGAAAUGUCGGAUUAAUGGAAGAGGUUCCAACUGCUGAUGAAACCGGAAAUGUUGGCUCUAUCCCACUUCAAGAAGAGAAAGCUCCCAUAAACGAUGACGGUUCCCCACCUGUUAAAGCUAAAGCUAACGAGCCAUUUGAAUCUUCAACUAAAGCUUCAGCUCAUUUGGCUAAACCAUCAGAACUUGCUAUUGAGACGGAUGCUCUUAUUUCUAAAGAAUCUAAGACCUCAAACGGUAAAUAUGAGGCUCCAGCUGCCGAAUCUGAGACUUUAGCUGUUGAAUCUGAGACUCAGGCUGCUGUUGAAUCUGAGACUCCAGCUGCUGUUGAAUCUGAGACUCCAGCUGCUGUUGAAUCUGAGACUCAGACUCAGGCUGCUGUUGAAUCUGAGACUCCAGCUGCUGCUAAAUCCGUGACUCGAUUUGUUGAAUCUGAGACUCCAGCUGCUGUUGAAUCUGAGACUCAGGCUGCUGUUGAAUCUGAGACUCCAGCUGCUGCUAAAUCCGUGACUCGAUUUGUUGAAUCUGAGACUCCAGCUGCUGGUGCUGAAUUUGAGUCUCGAGCUGCUGAAGCUAAAUCUGAGACUGCAACUGUUGAAUCCAAGACUCCGGCUGUAGAAUCUAAGACUCCGGCUGUUGAAACUAAAACUCCGGCUGUUGAAACUAAAACUCCGGCUGUUGAAACUAAGACUCCGGCUGUUGAAACUAAGACUCCGGCUGUUGAAUCCAAGACUCCAGCUGUUGAAUCAAAGCCUGCUGCCACUGAGCCAGCCGACCAACCGGCAGUGCUCCACUCUGCCAAAAGAUCCCCAGGCUCUGUUCCUAGCACGUCUCAUUCUCCAUCUCCUAAGCCUGCGAGUUCUUCCUCUCCUUCUUCUACUGUCGCAACAGAAAGCGCUCCAAGAGAGUUACAGGCAAGUCGCAGCGACAUCGGCCUUGAGGACUUGACUGAAGAAGAUCUUGUCAGCUCGGUCGACUCGGAAGACCAACUCGAGAAACUACACGAGGCGGAGCAACUACGACUGAACGACCCGUACUCUGCGUUGCGUGAAUUCACUGCAGUGGUGCGCGAACAACCGCUUUCUGCGCGAGCUGCUCUCGGUCGCGCUCAAUGCCUCGACGCGAUCGCUCUCGCCGAGCGAUCAAACGACAGGCUAGAACAGGCGAUAGCGUCGUACCGCAGCGUGCUUGAGAUCGCCGAAGAUCAUCCUGAGCUCGUCUCUGAGCGUCUCCUGCGCGCCGCGGCCAACACGCUUGUCGACAAACUCCGCUUCAGAGGCCACCUGUCAGCAUGCGUGAGCGUCCAAAAAAGAUUGCUGCGCUUAUACCCUGACGACGCCGUCCUCCAUAACCAGCUGGGAAUCACGCUUCUGUUGCAGGGGCAGCCUGCUGCUGCUCAGCGAGUCUUCGAGGCGGUCUUACAACGCCACCCAAACAACGGACUCGCACAGGUCCACUUGGGUUUUAUCCUGAAGACGACCAGAGGCAACAACACGGAAGGCGCUCGGCUCAUGAAGGCAGGCUUGGCUUCCCAGGAACCAGGCACCGACGACGCGAGGUUCUUCUUCCACCUCGGCGACGCAUUGCAGCGCUUGGGGCGUCCUCAGGAGGCGCACGAGGUUUAUGUUGAGGCCGCUGCGAAGGGGUUAUUCUUGAGGCCAACUCAACGGUCUCUCUACAACGUCGACCGCUUGACUGCCAAACCUGUUUGGACCCUUGAAGAAACUACUUACAAGGAUUUCCUAAGGAAGUUGGAGGAAAAUUGGAAAGAUAUUCGCGACGAGGGACUGGCUCUUAUUUCUGCUCCAAAAUCUUCUGGUUACCAGCCAGAGGCGGAGAAUUUACGUGAUAGAGGAGCAUGGGGGCAACUUGAACUGUACUCCAGGGGUCGUCAGAACCGCGUAAACUGCGCCCGUACCCCCAAGACUUGCGCUAUCGUUGGCAGCUUUGAACCCGCGGCCGGUUGUCGCAGAGGACAAAUAAAGUUCAGUCUGAUGGAAGGCGGAACGCACGUGUGGGCGCACUGCGGGCCAACUAACUGUAGGCUUCGCGCACACCUGGGGCUUGUUGUUCCUAAAACCGAACCUGUUCCUGUGAUCAGAGUUGAAGACCAGUACUUAACAUGGCGUGAAGGUGAAGUAAUCGUCUUUGAUGACAGCUUCGAACAUGAAGUCUGGCACAAUGGCACAGAAGCGAGGCUGGUGCUAAUAGUAGAUUUAUGGCACCCGGAAUUGUCCAGUGAGGAAAGAGCGAAACUUUCUGCAGUCUGAAUGAAAAAUGUGGGGAAGGAAAACUGUUCUUGUCGAGAUUUAAUAGUCAUAAUUUAGGAUAUUGCAGGAAAGUUCAACAACCAGAAUUCUGAAAUAAUGGUGCUAAUAAUUAUACAUUAUCGAAAACGGCUACAAGUUGGGUUUUCUCAAAAUAAAAGAUGCACAUGCAAACUUCAGCAGUUAUUCCUUUGUUAGUUUCCACGAUAGCACAACUGCACUAUGCGACUAGUACUGUAUACGUAUUUAUAAUUGGACCCCGAUAACGCGAAUUGCUUGGGAAUAAUUUGUUGCUAACUGUGACAUGAGGCGUGUCAUCCAUGCUCCCUUUCAAGCUUUUCAUUUCAACACCGUGUGUGAACCUAACGUUCGGUUAACUUGAUCUUUGAUUUUAAUGCAAGUGUGGAUAAGGGGAAUCUAAAUAAUCAGAUUUACGUUUAAUUGAAAGCGUGGAACAAAAAUACCUCGAACAUCAGCCAUUAGAAUUUACACUGUAAUCUUGACUUUCGCACUGCAAGUCGUACAUAAGUUUGUUGUAUGAAUUAAAACAUGUCACAUUGUACUUUGUCUUAUUAAGCUAACUCUUAUGAAGUAGGUAUAGUAAAACAUUUUUUGCA